AACGCGAGCUUGUCAAUGAACGGCCCGAGGCAAACAAAAGCAAUUUGUGUGCGUUUCUGUGAAGAAAAGGUAAGAACCUUUUGUUCAGCACGGUCGCCUUCCUCUUGAGCCGAGUCGCCAACCAGCAGCAGCAAUCGCAGCAGCAUUUCCAAGUGUGCUCUUCAACACGGUAGUGGGCAAAAAGUGGGCAUGCUAUUUUUAGUGCUGCGAAAGAGUGCAUUUCGCCACGGUUUGCAUCGGUCGCACCAGCGCAUCUGGUGGUGCUGCGUUCCGCGUUGAGAGAAGAAGAAGAAAAGCAGGCAAAAAGAAACACAUACACAGGGCAAACAACGGGCCAACAACGGCAGCAGCAGCAGCAGCAAGUGUUUCUCCAUCGUUUCGUUUUUAACCUCCGUAGGAUAUGAUGUUCUGAGCGUGUGUGUGUGUGCGUCUGUCUGUCGUUGCCUGCUGCGUUCUGUUGUGUUUGUUUUGCAUCCGUAAGCUCCUUUUGCAACGGCACCACUCUGUCAUAUCGUCCUUGCAAGUGGUUCUGCGUGUGUGUGUUUAGAGGAAAAAAGGAAAGAAGAAAAUAUCCUCCAUAUGUGAGAGCAAUCCUUUUGGUGUUUAGUGUGCAAGGAAGUGUGCGUUUCGGUCACAAGAUUUGCGAAGUGUAGUAGUGUGUGGUGUGUUGCCAUUGAAAGUUUUCGUCCUGCACAUGCCAAAAAAAGUGUCCCUUAACCAGCAGCAGUGUUUAAAAGGAAGGUAAAAACACAACGCACAAGAAAACCACCGUGUCUUGUGUGCGUCUUUAGCAGCGCCUGCUUUGUUUUGGUUCGCUGUGUGUAUCCAUUGAAGGGAAGAUUGCUAGGGCAGCUGUUUUGUUGUGUGUGGUGUGUGUCCAGUGUGCGCAGUAUCAGCCCUUGUCCAGCUUGCGAUUGUGUGUGUUAGUGUCAUACUACUGCCCUGUCCUUCUGUGUGCGGUGGUCUGGUGCAGUGUUGUGUGUUUUUUUGUAUGAAAACAAGUGAACGUUGCAAAAGUUAAAAUUUGUGAGCAAAACAUAAGAAAGGGUCACUCGUGUGAAAGCAGUAACGUGUAUGUGUAAAAAAUCAUUCUCUAAGUGAAAAGUUGUAUUCUCCGUGCAAAAGUGUGAUCACACUUCGCAAGCCCGGAAAUCGGUUUGCACUUCAUCUGUUAAUUGUGGCUGCCGGAACGUGGCCGGCUAAACCAACGCGACCGGUUUUUCCUUUGUCCAGUUUUAUUUUUGUCACCACAAGUGCGAUUCCGCGCGCGCCACCUACCCGGUGCGGAGUGCGGAACGAACUGCAUCCCGGUACACAAUAGGCUCGGUCGAGGAAGAAAGCAUCGUCGUCGGCAUUACGGAGACCAACGGAAAGAACGUCGUCGAAAGCAUGGUGAAACGAACUGACGGCACAGAGUCUCCGAUAAUUACGGAGAGCGAUGCAGAUACAGACAAACCACGGAUGAGAUACGGAGAACUCGUGAUACUAGGAUAUAAUGGAUUUCUACCACAGGGCGACCGUGGCCGACGCCGGUCAAAGUUUGUCCUGUACAAGCGCACCGAAUCAAAUGGCGUCAAGCGGUCCAAACACUACAUCGUCCAGUCGCCCCAGUCCUCGCAGGCCAUCCUGGACGCGAAACAGCACUCCAUAUCGUACACGCUCUCCCGCAAUCAGGCCGUCAUCGUAGAGUACAAAGAGGACCCAGAUACGGAUAUGUUUCAGGUGGGACGAUCAUCCGAAUCGCCGAUCGAUUUCGUUGUGAUGGACACACUCCCCGGAGACAAGAAGGAUGCAAAGAUUGUGCAGAGCACAAUUUCCAGAUUUGCAUGCAGAAUUUUGGUGGACCGAGCGGACGGCAACAAGGCGCGGAUAUAUGCGGCAGGGUUCGAUUCUAGCAGAAACAUAUUUCUCGGGGAGAAAGCCACCAAAUGGCAGGAUAACGUAGAAAUCGAUGGCCUCACUACCAACGGCGUACUGAUAAUGCAUCCAAAGGGAGACUUUUGCGGUGGCAACGCAGACUGCGGACAGUGGCGGGAAACGUCAGUCGGGGGCGACGUCUUUAGCUUGCGGGAAUGCCGAUCGGCACAACAGAAGGGGCAGCAGAUCUACGACGAGUCGAAUGUGCUGCAGGAUGGCACACUGAUCGAUCUCUGCGGUGCGACGCUUCUGUGGCGUUCGGCCGAAGGUUUACGGCAUUCACCGACAAAGAAGGACCUGGAAAAGUUAGUAGACGAAAUCAAUGCUGGCCGGCCACAAUGUCCGGUCGGCUUAAACACGUUAGUUAUUCCUAGAAAAGUGUCAUUGGGUGAUCACGUCAAUCAGCCUUACGUAUAUCUUAACUGUGGCCAUGUUCAGGGUCAGCAUGGUUGGGGUCAGGAUAAAAACACAAACGCACGGCGGUGUCCAAUGUGUCUGGAGGUCGGCCCGGUGGUGACGCUGUGCAUGGGAGUAGAGCCCGCAUUUUACGUAGAUUCUGGUCCACCAACGUACGCGUUCAACCCGUGCGGCCAUAUGGCGACGGAGAAAACAGUCAAAUACUGGGCAAAUGUCGAUAUACCUCACGGUACCAACGGUUUUCAGUCGGUUUGCCCGUUCUGUGCUACCCCGCUUGUAGGAUCUCCCGGUUACAUAAAGCUGAUUUUCCAGGACAAUUUAGAUUAAUUUCUCGCCAUCGUCUCAUCAUCCUUCACACGUCCUAGCAGCAUUGGUCAUCAUCGUUCAUAAACGGCGUCGUCUUCGCGUCACGAGCUGCGCUUUUGGCGCGGCGUUCGGCCGUCUUUCCGAGCCUCCCGCAUCACGCUAAGCAAGGCAAGCUAGAAACGAAACGCUAGAAAGCUGUGGGCGAAACGCUUCGAAAUGGGUUGGCAGAAGAGGAGAACAGCGCCACCUAGUGUACGGUAGCGAAACUGUGUUCGUAUUGAUUUUAAACCGUAGCGCCCUCUGUCGGUGUAUAGAUAGUUUUAUUUGUGAAACCAUUUGCUUUUUUUUUACGUAGACCUGCAUCGAAAUUCAUACUAGCGGCAUUUAUACUCUAUUUAGUUUCAAUCGUUUAUUUUCCACACCUUUUCUAUGCCCAGCACAGCACAUUCAAAGCAUCUGUUUCUUUUUUUUUGUAAUCUAGUUUAUUGACGUGUGUUCAUGUAUUGUAUCGUUUUUUUUAACUGAUGGUCGAAUGAAAUACAAAUAGUGGCGCGGCGCAGUAGGACGAAUUGCGGUUUAAGGCUAUGACCCAGACCCGUCGGACAAUGAACAAUCAGUAAUGCAAAAACCAAACAUAAUUAAUACACGCUAAAGCAUUGCAUGCGUUCCAGUGCUGGUUGCACAUUUUCCUUCGAUCGUGCACAAGGUGAUCGUACACGAAGCAGCCUAACAGACCGGAGCCCUUUGAAUUCGGAACCUGCAAGCACACGAUUUGUUAUGGUUACCUGUGCACGCACACAUACAACAAACACAGUGAGGAUUCUUUUUAGUGCGUUCCCUAGCGUCUGAAACUGUAGCACACAUGUGGUUUAAUUUGAAAUUUUGAACAGCUUAAGUUACGCCGAACGAUUUUCUUUGUGCUGGUGGUAGUGUCCAACAAAGUAGGAUGAAUUUUCUGUCGUGUUUGCCCGUAUCACCCUGUCUUAGAAUAAAUUGAAUUCACUCUCUCUCUCUCUUUCACUUUGCCUUCCCAUCCAUAUAUUUGUCGGUUAAAAAAAAUGAACUGCGUACGAUAAGCAAAAAAGUGAAAAGAAAAGGGAAUGCACACUGAGAAUGCACUUCAGUUCGAAAGUUUGAAAGGGAGGACCGCGUCUUUGAUCGUUGAUCCUGUGGAUGUAACGUCUUCAUCAUUUCGUUUGUUUAGUUUGUAGCGUUAAGGUUAGGUUAGUGAAUCGCAAAUCGCUGCUACGAAAAGGCAUACACAUGAACUGACGACUAUAUGAGUUUAGUUGUGUAAGUUUUUUUUUCGUUUCUUCUUCUUCUUUAUUCGAUUACCGUUCAUUUCAUUUUGUGUCCAGUUGUUGCACUAGAACAAAUAGCGGAAAAAAAGCGUAAACUAAUUGUAGGAAGUGUUUGUUUUCUCUUUGUGAUUUCGACACCUUACACUUGCUCUCGAUUUUCAAAUCAAAUUACUAGUGAAUUGAAUUGGGUUGUGUUGCGAUAAUGAUAAACGAGCCAUGUUUUUUAGUGUGAAUGAAAAUGAAUGAUAAAAAAUGUCCACGAGUCGAAUGCAAACACAUUGGACAACACACAAACACAAUUAGUGAAUUCCGUUCGUUCGCGGUUCGUUCCAGAUUGCUUCUACUUCUCUCGAUGGGACGCACUACGAAAUCAAGCAACAAACAAAAACUGCAAGUUAAAAAACACACAAAUAUGAACAAAAAAAAACGAUAAACACAUGAGAAAAAAACAAUGGUGAAAUUUCGUUUAUGAUGAAACGUGUACAUAAACUAUCGAUAAGACAACUGCAUAAAGAAAUUAGAUAAUGUAAGCAUGUGUGAUGUGCGCGUCGUGAAAAAUA